UGGCAUUGACGUAAAGCACUGUCAAUGUCAUUAGUGUCAAUGGCUUAUGUGAUCAAUAAUAAAAUGGAGUAAUUUAUUAUACAAAUAAUCCUUUGUUUAUCAUGAGUCUUUCCAGUUUUUGUCUUUAAAAAGUGUAACAACGAUUAGCAAUUGUGGGAUACUGUUACAGACAUACUGUUGGUCUGUAUCUAAUAAUGAUUCGACAUCUGCUAAUUAUGUCAGGACUAAGCUCCAGCUGUACAAGAGAUUGUUCGGGUAGAGGAGAAUGCUACAAUGGCACGUGCAUGUGCGAUAUUCGUUUCACCGGUGAUGUUUGUGAUGGUCCGAACUUGCCCUAUCACACCGGUAUCGGAGGGGUGUUUUUCUUAAUCAGUCUGGUUUGCGCUAUCCAGUUAAUUACGUGCAUUGUAUCCGAAUACAGUAGACUCAAGGCUCCUACUCUGCUGAAAGCUUGCAAAAUCACCACCCAAAAGCUGAUCUAUUUCGUGACGUUUCUUGCUAGUUUGAUUAGAGGAGCUUAUUUUAUAUUUCCGGAAUUAUUCGAGUAUGGUUGGUCUAACAGUCUGUUAUCCUCGUAUUAUCCUCUACUCAUGUCCAGCGCAUCGCUUAUAGUUUGCUUUUGGGCAGAGGUGUUUCACAUACCGGGUAUUCGUUGGGACCGUCCGCAGUUUCUUUCCAAAUCAUUCCUGGCCUUCGUCACGUUCAACAUCAUCAGUUACAGUCUCUUGUUGGCCGAAUUCGUAACGACUCAAUUCACCGAACCGCCUUCGGACGAUCCCGGUUUCUAUCAUCACUUGUUCAACGGUUGUUAUGCCGUGUUGAUGUUCAUCGUGGUGGUUUUCUUUCUUAUUUACGGUGUCGAAGUCUAUUUCAAGGUAAGAGGCGGAUUCAUAUCAAAAUCCUUGCAACUGGCGAGCAACUCCUUCGAAACGGAACCAUUGAAGGAUGAAUCGACAAUAAAGCAACAGAUCAAUUUCUCCCAAUUGCACCAAUCCCGGAUCGGCUUGUUGAGUCAAGCAUUGAUGCUGAUCAUCAUAUCCGGGUUUUUGUUUUCGGAAACGCUGUCCGAAUUUUGGAAAACAAAGGUUCCGAUAAAUUCGAGAAAUCUCCACAACAUCGUUUUUCGCAUAGUCGAAAUCGGCGUGGCCGUAUGGUUUCCGGCCGUGCUCUGGAACUGCAUGCAACCGUCGGAACUUUGGAUAUUGAAUCCGCGCAAGCUAUUGGCCAACAGAGUCGAACAGCAAAAGAACGAAAACGUUGCCGAUGAAAACGCCAAGGUCGAGAGCGACAACGAAGCCUUCCUGGACAAGAGGGAAUGCUGGAUUUGUUACGACGCCGAUAAGAAGGAGCCUUUGAUUCAGCCGUGCGAUUGUACCGGGGACGUAUCAAGCGUUCAUCACGAAUGCCUUCGAAGAUGGUUAAUGGAAAGCUCGUCGUCGAGCAACGAGGCGUUGAAAUGCAAAGUGUGCAACUACGAAUACGACAUAUACAAGAGCACCGAGGUGAAAUGGGACCGCGGCUUUACGGCCCAACAUUGCAGCUGUACGGCCUUCAUCGUUACCUGCAUGUGUCUGGCGGUAGCCGGCGCUUGGAUCGUCAUCCAGCUCUAUCCAAAUCCUUACAUACGAAUGUGCAGCGCCAGCUUCGCCUUGAUGAUUCUAUAUGUGUGCAUCAAAUUUUUGGGUCAAAAUACGUUGAGCGCUUACCAACGCGCCAAGGUGGCAGCUUUGAGCAUCGGAAAUCACGUGACGACCAUCAGCGGGAACGUCAAUCAAGAUGAUCUGGUGGUCGAGGGAGCGUUGCCGGCGGCUCGAGCGCAAGUCGUACAGUAAACGCGUUAAGUUGUUGGAUUUUUUCUUUUUUUUUUUAUUCAACAUUCCGGAGUAGGUUUCUAAAAGCAGGUGCUCUUAUUUUUUUUGUAAAUUCCGAUAUACGGCCUCGAUGGCGACGUGCAUACAGGAUGAUUAAUUUUUUUUUUGUUGACUAUUAAUUGCGUUACAACGGUAAUUAGUAACUUCCCGGUAAAUUCUGGUCGUAACAGAAGCGAUCUGUGUACGUUCGAUAGCAGUUCUUGUUUUUAGUCGUGCUGUAGAUUAAAUCUAUUUGUGAAAAUUUUAUUUUAUUUUUGUAUUUUUCAAAAAUAGAAGUAAUUUUACGACUAACACACUGCACUGCUUUGAAAUUAGUUAAAUUACUACCGGUGCACUUCAUCCAGUUUUUAACAUUUUACAUCGAUUAAAACUCAAUAGAUUACGCUAGAUUUCUGUAAAUUUACCAAAGUUUUACAGAUAAUUUAACAAAUCUAAUUUUGACGGUUUAAUCUACUUCUUAAAAUUCAAAUCCGAAUUGCUUAUUAGAAAUCUCAUUCGAAUUUUGGUGCUAUAAAUGGUUCUAUGAUGUUGCUGUAGCUACCUGCUUUUUGUUUAUUUUAAACAAAAAUAAAACAAAAAUAUAAAAAUAUGUGAUAUAUAUCUUUUGUAUUAUAUGUAUGAUAUCUUUAAUAUUCCAUUGAAUGUACAGGUUGAGAUAUGGUUACUAUUGGGAUAUAUAAGGUGAUUUAAGGUUGUUUUUCAAUACAUACAUACAUAUGCAAUUUUGUUAUAAAAAAUAAGUAUUAUAAGUCGUAAUUUUCUAGUCGAAAUUGCAAAAAAAUGGAGAGGAGUACAAUUUUUUUU